AUGGCACGUCUCGCACUUUGUGGGGGUGAUGCUGGGGACAAGGCGUCAGAGAAUGGAGGCGAGACCAGGAGAAUCCCCCCUCCUCCAUCGCCGAUCAGGCAGUCUAAAUAUUCUAGCCCUCGCCUGAGAGUGCUUGUAACAGGAGGUGCGGGAUUUAUUGGAUCUCACCUUGUCGACAGGCUUAUGGAAGCCGGCCAUGAGGUUAUUGUAGCGGACAACUUCUUCACUGGGACCAAGGACAAUAUUCGACAGUGGAUCGGCCACCCAAACUUCGAAAUCAUCCGUCAUGACGUCACGGAGACUCUUCUGGUGGAGGUGGAUCAGAUAUACCAUCUGGCGUGUCCUGCUUCGCCGAUCUUCUACAAGUAUAAUCCGGUGAAGACCAUCAAGACCAACGUGAUGGGUACACUGAACAUGCUUGGACUUGCGAAGCGAGUGGGAGCACGGAUCCUCCUCACGUCGACGUCAGAGGUGUACGGCGAUCCCUUGGAGCACCCGCAGAAGGAGACCUACUGGGGCAACGUCAACCCGAUCGGCGUGCGGAGCUGCUAUGACGAGGGCAAGCGAGUGGCGGAGACGCUCAUGUUCGAUUACCACCGGCAACACGGCGUUGAGAUCCGGGUGGCGCGCAUCUUUAACACCUACGGACCUCGCAUGAACAUUGACGACGGCCGUGUCGUCAGUAACUUCAUCGCGCAGGCCUUCAGGAAUGAGGAACUCACAGUGCAGGCGCCAGGCACACAGACCCGUAGCUUCUGCUAUGUGUCAGACAUGGUGGACGGUCUGAUCAAGCUCAUGGAGGGCCCGGUCACUGGCCCCAUCAACCUAGGCAACCCUGGCGAGUUCACUAUGCUAGAGCUUGCAGCUGCUGUCAAAGAGCUGAUUGAGCCAUCUGCCUCAUGGAAGAUCGUGGAGAACACGCCUGAUGAUCCGCGCCAGCGCAAGCCAGACAUCACCAAGGCCAAGGAGAUUCUUGGAUGGGAGCCGAAGGUGACCCUGCGAGAAGGCUUGCCGUUGAUGGCUGAAGAUUUCCGCAAGCGGCUCCAUCGCCUAAUUACGUGGCUUGAAGCUACCAGAGCCAUGGCGCUGCUUGCUCCGACCGCGGUUGUCUUCGAGACGGCUGUAACUGUGCCACGUGUCGCCAGAACAGUGGUUCCAGCAUCUCGCGUCGCUUCGCGUGGAGCGUUCCUCCUGCCUGUGCGAUCUCGAGGCGCAUUUGCGAGGCGCUCGUCCUCGAUAACACGCGCCGCGGCUCAACAGCCGGAAACGCAGCAAGCAGAGAGCGCUGCGAGCCCAGUGGUGGAUGACGGCAACAGCAGCGAUGUUGACGUCAGCAAAGAAAUCUCCAAGGUGGUAAAGAAAACAGCAACGACCUUUGCUCCGCGCGCGUCCACCAAGUCAAAGAACCCCGCGGUGCCCGGAUCAGCCCUGUACAGCAUCUUUGAGGCGCAAGCCUACCUCAGCAUGGCGCUGGGCGGACUGCUCUCGUUCAACCUGCUCUUCCCCUCCGAUGAGCCCGACAUCUGGCGUCUCAUGGGCAUGUGGUCCGUCUGGAUGUUCACCAUCCCCUCUCUGCGAGCGAGGAACUGCAGUGAGAACGAGAAGACAGCUCUCAACUACCUCUUCCUCGUUGUCCCGCUAGUCAACGUCACGCUGCCGCUCGUCUGGAAGUCUUUCGCUGCUGUGUGGACCGCAGACGUCAUUGUCUUCACGCUCUUCUACGCCUGGAAGCUAGAGUGGUUCACAAAGAAGGAGAGCGAUUCAGACUCGUAG